UGGCGGCCUAGUGGAGAACGGGCAGGGAGACGGGACCGAUUCCCUCCCGCGUCUGCCCCCCUGACCCUCACAGCCAGUCACAGGAAGCGGUGACAGCCAUAGCCAGGUCGACCUCAGUCGGUCGGUAGCCUCCUGUCUUGUAGCCUCAGUUUUUCCAUGAACACAAUGGGGAGCCUUGGCGAGUACCCCCAAGGCAGAUGGGUGCUUUGCGAAGGUGUGCUCACAUGGUUCCCACUCGGCCGACUGGGGCAGGAAAUCCGACCAACCCCACUUCACAGUCGGGGAGACCCUGAGGCUAGGAGGACAGCACAUGGGGUGCAGAGGCAGGAGUGGAACCAAGGACCUCCCUCCCCCCAAAUCCUGUCCUGGCCUCAUGUAGCCUAGGCUGGCCUCUGGCGGGGGUCCAGCCCCUCCCAACAGACUCGGGAAGCCACGGUGGGCGGGGCGGAGCCGUGGGUGUCCCUGGCGCCCCAAGGUGCCAAUUAAAUACUCGUGGCUGUCUGGAGCCAGAGCUGUGGACGGCGGCAUGGCCGAGCUGGGGCCAGAGCCGGGACGCGCGUGGAGGGUGCUAGCCCUAUGUGGGGCUGCGGUGUUCCUGGCGGCGGCAGCAGCUGGGGCGGCCCUGCUGGCCUGGAACCUGGCCUCCUCGACCUCCCGGGGACCUCGCUGCCCAGAGCCAGGGGCCAAUGCCACGGCGCCCUCCGAGGACCUGGCGCCUGAGCUCGAAGAACUGCGGCGACGGCUGGCAGAGGCUACCCAGCACAAGGAGGCUCUGGCCAGACAGCUGGACCAGGCCAACGGAGUCGGACGGGAGCUGGAGGAGGCACUAAGGGCCUGUCAGGGCCGUCAGAGCCGGCUUCAAACCCAACUGAUGACCCUGAAGACUGAGAUUGAAGAGGCCAAGGCACAGGGGACCCAGAUGGGGGCUGAGAACGGGGCACUCACAGAAGCCCUCGCACGCUGGGAGGCGGCAGCCAUGGAGUCUGCGCGGAGGCUAGACGAGGCACAGCAACGCGCACGCGCGGCCGAGGCCGAAGCCGAAGCUUGCGCAGCCCGGGAAGCGACGCUGCGCGAACGCGCCCCUGGAAGCCGAGUUGGGCCCCCAGCGCAAAGUGCCGCAACCCCGAUCCCGCUCCGUGUCACGACCCCGACCCAGCCCCCGUUCGCGCUCUCGCCCAGGACCCUCUGGGGGCUGCCGGAGGCCAGCGCGGCGCGCACGAGGGUGAGUCGGCCCCCAGCAGGAGGAGGGCUCUGAGGCCAGGAGGGUGCACACUGUGGCUGGAACAUGUAGAGAGGUGCCCCCGCUGGAUAAGAUGCUCCGUCGACACCCAUCAACGCUCAGCUUUAGAUUCAGGAACCACUCUGAACGGAAACUACAGAAAGGAGACUCCACCCUCUCUCUCCAACCAUCUAGUGUUUAUUUUACAGGCGGGGAACUGAGGCCCAUUUGCUAACACAAUGAGAUAAGUGUUUUGGGACUUAAGCCCCUUCUAACGACAGCAUUGAUUCAUCCCACAGACAUGAAGACUUAGGGUCCAGCCCUGGCUCAAGAGUGACCUGGAAGGGUCACGUCUCCCUUGUGGGCCUCAGUUUACCUUGUCUGUAAAUUGAGUGUUUGGAAUCAUGUGUAGCAAGCCAGCCUAUCUUUGACAACAAAAACUGACCAAGAUGGCAUGACGGGAAAACUACAGAGUCCUCUUCCUUUGAGGAGGGUAUGAAAUUCCCAAAUGAAAUUUUAGCAAAAAGAAUUAAGCAACACAUUUUAAAAAUACAUCACAACAAAGGGGACUUAGGUCUGAGAUGCAGGGAUUGCUCAAAAUUCACAAGUCUGCUAAUAAAAUUCACCACACUAAUGGAUCAAUAAGAAAAGUUCUGAAAAUGGCCCUCUCAAAAUGAGGGCCAAGGUACGGAUGACCACUGUCAAGUAUUUAAUAUUGUUCUGGAGGUACUAGCCUAUGCACUUAGACAAGGAAAGAAAAGAAAGAAGAGGUAUGAAUAUUAGGAAAGCAGUAGGGAAUUUAUAGUUUGGAUCAUAUGUAAGCAUUGUUUAUGUAGGUCAAAAAUAAUAGAAAUCCCAACAAUUUCAUAUGGCUCAAUUUCACAUUGAUUUUAUCUUUUAACUUAUAUUUGACAUAACUUCAGAUUUACAGAAAAGUUGGAAGAUUAGUACAAAGAAUUCCUGGACACUCUUCCCCCAGAGUCCACAAAUGUUACCUCCUUUGCUUUAUUCUUUCUCUCUCUCUUUCUCUGAACCUUUUAUGAAAAACUUGCUGAAAUGAUGUCUUGUUACGCAUAGCACGUGAGUAUGCAUUUCCUAAAAACAAGGGCAUUCUCCUACAUAAUCACAGUAUAAUCAUGAACAUUGGAAAGUGGACAUUGAUUGAUAAAACACUAUUAUCUCAUCUACAGACUUUAUUUUUUUUUAAAGAUUUUAUUUAUUUAUUUGACAGAGAGAAAUCACAAGUAGAUGGAGAGGCAGGCAGAGAGAGAGAGGGAAGCAGGCUCCCUGCUGAGCAGAGAGCCCGAUGCGGAACUCGAUCCCAGGACCCUGAGAUCAUGACCUGAGCCGAAGGCAGCGGCUUAACCACUGAGCCACCCAGGCGCCCUCAUCUAUAGACUUUAAUCAGACUUUGCCAACUGUUCUCAUGACAUCUUUUAUAACAAAAGAAUAUCCCGGCUCACACAUUGUAUUUGUCAAGUCUUUCAUCUUUUUUAAUCUGGAACAUUUCUCAGGCGGUCUUUGCCUUUCAUAACACUGGCAUUUUUUAGAGGCCUGGACAGUCAUUUUUUGGAAUCCAAGUCUGGGUUUGUGUGUUAUUCUAUAAGAUUAGUUUUAAGUUGGCAUUUUGUGCAGGAAAGCCUCAUAAACAAUUCAGCCUAAUGUUAUGAUCUUCUGGUAGUAUGAUUUUAUAUACAGAAAACCCAAAAGAAUUAACCGAAACUUUCCUAGAUUUAUUUCAUAUAGAUAUUUAUACCCAGGAAUAAAUUAAUUUCCUUAUUACUAAGGAGUUCUUAUAAAUUAAUUUUUCAAAAAUAUUAAGGCGAAAAAAAUUUUUUGAAAAAAAUUUCAAAAAAAUUAUUACUCAGGCGCGAGGGGCGCCUGAGUGGCUCAGCAGGUUAAGCCUCUGCCUUUGGCUCAGGUCAUGAUCCCAGGUCCUAGGAUCAAGCCCCAAAUUGGGCUCUCUGCUUGGCAGGGAGCCUGCUUCCCCUUCUCUCUCUGCCUGCCUCUCUACCUACUUGUGAUCUCUCUCUCUCUGUCAAAUAAAUAAAUAAAAUCUUUAAAAACAAAAACAGUUUGGUAGAAAAAAAUGGGCAAUGAAUAUAGACAGUCAAUUCAUAGAAAUAUAAGAAAAAAAAUUGCCCAACCUCACUCCUCAAAAAGAAAUGCAAAUUGAAGCAAUGUGGUACUACUUUGUACCCAUGAGUCUGGCCAAGAUAAAAACAAAGACAAAUCACAAUGUAUGCUGUGCUGGCAAUACCGUGGGGAAACAAGUAAUCCCACAGGGUGCUGGUGAGACUGCUCCUUGGUACGACCACUUGGAAGGCCAAUUUUCUAGAAAAUUGAAAGUGCAUAUAUCCUUUGCUUCAUCAAUUCCCCUUCUAGAAUUUUCCUACAACCAUAUUUACAUGUGUACAAAAUGAUGGACCAGGGAUGCCUGGCUGGCUCAGUCCAUAGAGCAUGCCGCUCUUGAUCUCAAGGUGGCAAUUUCAAGAUCCACUUGCGGGGGGGUGGGGUGAAGCCUACAUAAAACUAAAUAAUUAGAAGUUGGUGGGUGGCUCAUUAAGCACCCAACUCUUGAUUUCAAUUCAGGUCAUGAUCUCGGGGUCCUGAGAUUGAGCCCCACUCAGCACAGUCUGCUUGUCCCUCUCCCUCUGCUCCUCCCCCUGCUCUCUCUCUGAAAUAAAUAAAUAAAAUUGUGGGGGGGGGGAAGAGGGGCACCUGGAUGGCUCAGUUGGUUAAGCGGCCGCCUUCAGCUGGAAUCCAGCUCGCAUCCAGGCUCCCUGCUCUGUGGGGAGCUUGCUUCUCUCUCUCCCUCUGCCUGCUUUUGCUCUCUCUUGCACGCUCUCUCUCUCAAAUACAUUAAAAAAAAAAAAAAAAAAAAAGAUGGGGCUCCUGAGUGGCUCAGUUGGUUAAACAUCUGCUUUCAGCUCAGGUCAUGAUCUGAGGGUCCUGGGAUGGAGCCUCGCAUUGGGCUCCCUGCUCUGCGGGGAGCCUGCUUCUCCCUCUCCCUCUGCUGCUCCCCCUGCUUGUGCUUUCUCUUGCUCUCUGUCAAAUAAAUAAAUAACAUAUUUUUUAAAAAGAAAGAAAGAAAACAAAAGAAAAUAAUGGACCAAAUGCAAUGCAGAACCCUGGGUUGGAUCCUGGAACGGAGAACCGCUUAGUAAGAAGAUCACGUGCAGUCCAGAGUAUAAUUAAUUUAAGGUACUGCAAUUAGUUUCUUAGUUUUGACGAAUGAGCCACAGUGGAAAAGAGCUUAACCAUGGAAGAAGGCGGAUGAGGGCUAUUCAGGGCCCCUGUGCUAUUUCUGCAACUUUUCUGUAAAUCUACAAUUGUUCCAAAAUAAAAAGUUUACUUCUAAAAAAGAGGCAAAGGGUAAGGGGAGCGGAAAGGAUGAGAUAUAUUUUCACAUCGCGUUAAGUACAAAAAACUGGAAACCACCUCAGUGUCCUCCACUUGGGGACUGUUUCCGUGAGUGUCCAUCUGUCCCCACAGUAUCUGUCCCCACGGUGGAAAUUCCCAUAUGACUGUCAAAGGAGCCAAAGCAAACUUCUCUGAGAACAUUAAUGUAAAAAGCAGAAAAGUGAUCAUUUGUGCGCAUUUUUCAAAAUGCAGGGACGGAAGAGACUUUUACCCAAAUGUCUCUGAAGGAAACACUGGUCACUGUGGCUUCCGGGGCAGGAACUGGGGGGGGUGGGGUGGAGGUGCUGUCUCAUGUUUGUAUACCUUUUUGUAAAGUCUGCAUUUUAAGUCAUGCUUAUG